AUGGGCAGCAUGCAGAAGGUGUACAGCCGCCUCAACCUCCCCCUGCCGUACGACCCCAACAUCCGCGGGCACAGAAUCAGCAACGUGUUCAGAAUGGCUAACUACCGUGUGCGUACGGUCGGCAUCUCGCAGAUUCGAACGACGUUCUCGGGCGAAAUGGAGCUGCCGCCGUCAAGCGAGUAG